AUGGUCAAGACGAUCACGAUCUACACUGCUUUCGGCCAUUUCAUGGCGAUGGUUGAGCGUCAAGUGGAACUGGAGAAGGAGCAAAAGAAGGAGUUGGUCACUGAUCUCUGUACCAUCGAUCAUCCAUUGAGCGACUAUCAGAAUGCUUUGAACUCAAAUCGUGACUUCUCCGUUCACUCCUGCCCUGUGGAUGGUUCAACUCCAAAAUGCUUGGAUCUUGUCAAGAAGUCGGUGAGCUGCCCAUUGGUUUCCUUCACACUUGUUCGCCCUGCUGAACCAAUGGCUGUCUCUCCGAUUCCAACUACCAUUGAAACAAAAAAGCUCAACAAGGCAACGGAGUUGAUGAUGUCAUUCUGGAAGAUCCAUGUCACUGCUCGCAAGCCGAAAACUGAAAACGAAGAUCAGAUCGCUUCGAUUUUUGAGAAGAUGGAUGGCUUGUUCGCUGCUACAUCCACAUCAUCAGUGGCUUCCAUUUUUGGAAAGUUUGAGGAGUUUCUCGAGGUGAUCCAGAAGGAGAACACGCAACAGAAGAGUGAGCCUCUUGUGUGGAACUCACCGGAUCAGCCAACAUUCCCACAGCUUCCAGUUUUUGUGAAGUCUCCUGUUGACUCAAUGAAGUUCUACAAGAUGGCCGAACAGAACACAGAUGAAAUGGCAGAUGAUGAGCUGACACUGACUUCUUCAUCAGAUGGCUUCACAUCAUCUCCAUCGUCGGGUCAAUCAAGCUCUACUUCUACAUUCUCCUCUUCCACCACGAUUAUUUCUAGACCAAGCAGACUUCUCACUCAAGUUCGUUUGCAGCGGGAAGUGAUCAGAAAGCAGAAGAAGCUUAUUGACAAUCUAUACAAACUUCAAUCUCUCAACCAGAAGUUGUCGAACUUGAGUAAAUGA